AUGGAUCGCCUACAGCUCUCCCCUCUUACUAAUAAAGCCUUUCCAUUUCCAAUCUUCUUCUCCAUUCUCCCUUCCUUUGUUAGCUUUCUCUUAUUCUCUUCUCUCCUUUUCUCUUCCUCUUUUGUCUUAGCCAGUGUCAACGACGGUGAGGUCUUGUCAAUCCAACACCAAUGCAUUGAACACCACUUCUCUGCAUUGCUCCACUUGAAACAGGGCUUUAUCUUCUCUGAUGACUACAACACCACUAGACUCUCCUCUUGGAAUCCUGAUAACAGAGAUUGCUGCUCUUGGGAAGGCAUCACGUGCGAUGGUGCCACUGGUCAUGUGACCAGUCUCGACCUCAGCGAGCUCCAUAUCUACGGUCGGAUUGAUUUUGUAAGCCUCUUUCAUCUUCAGAGCCUUCAGAAGCUAAACCUCGCUUACAAUGACUUUGAUGGCUCUCCAAUCCCAUCUGGGUUUGAGCAGCUCACCAGUUUGACCCAUCUCAACCUCUCUUCUUCAAAAAUUUAUGGCCAAAUCCCGCUGGAAAUCUCCCGCAUGACCACUUUGGUGUCCCUCGAUCUAUCUUACAAUACAAAUUACAAUGGUUUGAACUCCAAUACUCUGAAACUCGAAAACCCGAACAUUGGAGAACUUGUCCAAAACCUGUCGAGUUUAAGAGAACUCCAUCUCGACAACGUAAAAAUCUCAGUUGAAGGUAACGAGUGGGGCCUGGCCUUAUCCUCGGCACUCCCUCACCUUGGCAAGUUGAGCUUGAGAAACUGUGGUCUUUCAGGCCCCAUCCAUCCUUCCUUUUCCCGACUCCAUUCCCUAUUUGAACUUGACCUCAGUGGAAACACUCUCUCUUCAGCCAUACCUAACUUCAUUGGGAACUUCUCUGAUUUAACAUCACUGUCUCUCAGUGGUUGCGGAUUACAUGGCAAACUUCCCGAAAGUAUUUGCAGGCUGCCAAACCUACAAACCCUGGAUGUAUCUUUCAAUUCACUUCUCAACGGACCAUUGCCAUCCUCUCUUGCCAACCUCAGCAACCUCAUUUAUUUGGAUAUUAAAUUGAAUGGUUUCAGCGGACCAUUGCCAUCCUCUCUUGCCAACCUAAACCAGCUUGCUUAUUUGGAUCUUUCAUCCAAUGGUUUCAGCGGUCCAAUCUCAUCAUCAUUAUUUUCACUCCCAUCACUACAAGAACUUCAUCUCUGGGGAAACCAAUUUAGUGGUGAGCUUGGGGAGUUCCAAAACACAUCCUCUUCACUACUUGAGAUAAUCCACUUGUAUGACAACAAGUUGGAGGGGCACAUUCCAAGUUCAAUUUUUCAACUCACAAUGGUCACAGAGCUCAGACUUUACAACAAUAGUUUCAACGGCACAAUCCCUUCUUUGAAUGGAAACGCACUUCAUAAUUGCAUGGAGCUGGACUUUUCCAACAAUUUACUUAGUGGGACUAUCCCAUCAUCAUUGUUUUCACUCCCAUCAUUACAAGUGCUGUAUCUUCGAGAUAAUCAAUUGAGUGGUCAACUUGGCCCGUUCCAAUACACAUCCUCUUCAGUCCUACAGAUCAUUGAUUUGUCCAACAAUUCACUCAGUGGGACCAUUCCAUCAUCAUUGUUUUCACUUCCAUCAUUGAAAAGGCUGUAUCUUCAAGAAAACCAAUUGAGUGGUCAACUUGGCGAGUUCCGCAAUCCAUCCUCUUCUCUGCUAGACAAUAUCAUCUUGGAUAAGAACAAGUUGGAGGGGCCUGUUCCGAUGUCCAUCUUUCUACUCACAAAGCUUCAAUUCCUCUCUCUUUCAUCAAACAAUUUCAGUGGUGAUGUGGACCUUGGCUUAUUCCAAAGCCUUAGGAACCUCUUGUCCCUGGAUCUUUCAGAUAACAACUUCUCAGUCCAUGAUGAUAGAAGCAAUUCAAGCUCCAUGUCCUACCCUCAGAUUCAAUAUUUGUCCUUGAGAUCUUGUAACAUUACUAAAUUUCCAAACAUCCUGAGAAACCAAGAAUCUAUGAGUUCCAUAGACCUUUCAAACAACAACAUCAAUGGUGAAAUACCAAAGUGGCUAUGGAAGUUUGCAAAAUAUACAUUAUUUUAUUUGAAUCUUUCUCACAAUGCUCUCGAGGGAUUAGAGCAACAAUUUCCCUAUAAUUCUUCAAACUCGUUGCAAUAUCUUGACCUAAGCUUUAACAAGCUAAAAGGCUCAAUCCCAAUCCCUCUCAUAUCUUCUGUUUUCUUUUCACUUUCAAGCAAUCAUUUUAGUGGAGAAGUUCCCUCACUUAUUUGCAAUUACACUUUCUUACAAGUCCUUGAUCUUUCUCACAAUUACUUCAAUGGUUUUAUUCCACCAUGUUUGGGUCAAAUCAGUGAUGCCCUCAUUGUGUUGAAUCUUGGAGGAAAUGCAUUUCAUGGCCCGUUGCUUCAAACAUUCAAAGAGGAAUGCACUCUAAAGACACUUGAUCUCAAUGGAAAUCAAUUGGAAGGACAAGUGCCAAGUUCUUUGGCCAGGUGCAAGAAGCUAGAGGUGUUAAACCUUGGAAACAAUCAAAUACAUGACAACUUCCCUUUCUGGAUAGAAAAUUUAUCCCAGUUGCACAUUCUCAUCUUGGGAUCCAACAAAUUUCAUGGCACCAUUGAGCACCCCCAAGCAAAUCAUACAUUUCCACUAUUACAAAUCUUUGAUCUCUCUGACAAUAGCUUCACAGGUAAGUUGUCAUCAAAUAUGUUUAGGAGCUGGAAAGCAAUGAUGAAGACCAAAUCUCAAUCUCAAUUUCUUAGCAAAACAUUUGGCAAAGGAUACUAUCAAGAUAAAGUGAUUAUAGUGAGUAAAGGGCUACGAAUGGAGUUGGUAAAGAUCCUUACUGCCUUUACGGUAGUGGAUCUCUCAAAUAACCAAUUUCAUGGGGACAUUCCAGAAUCAGUCGGGAAUUUAAGCUCAUUGGUUGUGCUUAAUAUGUCUUAUAACCAUUUCACGGGCCAAAUUCCAGCAUCACUCGGAAACAUUAAAGCUCUUGAGUCAUUAGAUUUAUCACAUAAUAGUGUGUCUGGAGAGAUUCCUUGGCAGCUGACAAAGCUAAACUUCCUUGCCGUAUUGGACCUUUCGCAAAAUCUCCUCGCUGGAAGCAUACCACAAGGUCAGCAAUUCAAUACAUUCACAGAUAAAUCUUUUCUUGGGAACUCGGGAUUAUGUGGCAUUCCACUGUUAAAGAAAUGUGAACACGUUGAGGCACAUGCAUCACCACCAUUGGCACAAUCAGAAAGCAAAUAUGAUUGGAGAUCAAUGUGGAUUGGCUUUGGAGUUGGAUAUGGAGUGGGAAUGGGAAUCCUUUUUUGGACUCUAGCACUUCGGAUGAAUGGAAUGAGAGAAUUCACUAUAUUUAUUGAUAAAAUGCUUAUGUUGAUUUUUCCAUGUGAGGCAUUUAUUCUAAUGCAUCGAUACUGA